AAAUUUUUAAACAAACCUAUUUAUUAGGAACUUUUAAAGUGUUACCAGUGCUCACGAAACCGUAAAAUGUUGACAUGACUCAUGAUAAUUUUUAAUCAAUAACAUAUAAAUUAUAUUCGAAUAUUCAAAAUUGCAAUCAUGGAGGAUUUUUCAAAGUUCUGGGAAGAAUACUAGAGGUAGACUUUAUUGGAUAACUUGUUUAGCGCAAGGUUAAUAUGCCAAAGGGUCCAUGUCCCCCUUUUUAAACGCUCUGCAUACUGUUAUUCCUGUUUAACCUUUCAGCGAUUGGAUGCCUUAGUUCCGUGUGUUACAACGGAGGUACCUGUCGAUCUGACCAACUUACUGGAUUAUUUGCGUCUUGUCUCUGUACCUCCGGGUACUAUGGCUAUAAAUGUGACAGUGCUUAUCCUUGUACGCUACAGAAUUGCUUCGGAAGAGGAACUUGUACAAACAAUCUGGGAACUUUUCCAUAUGACUACACUUGUUUUUGCUUUACCUUAUACAUCGGUCGUUCAUGUGAAUACGAUGAUCCUUGCUUCCAAACGCAGAACCCUUGUCAAAAUGGAGGCACGUGCUCGUACUCUGGUGGUUGGACGAAUCCACCCGUAGUCUCCUGCACGUGUUCCUCUGAAUACACCGGUGAUCGCUGCGAGAACUUACUUCAUCCCUGUGAGAAACCAACUCACCCUUGCUUGAAUGGUGCAACGUGUAUCCCAAGGAUAGAUCAGUUAUACAAAUGUCACUGUCCUAGUGGAUAUAUUGGCAGCGUGUGUGAAUUCAUGGACCCGUGCGUAACGUUGGUAAACUUGUGCUUCAACGGAGCAACAUGUAAUUCAACUUUUAACAGCACUUCAACCACUUCCUCUUGUAGCUGUGCUGAAGGCUGGUCAGGUCCACAUUGCAAUGAAGUUGGAUGUACAGAUAUGACUUGCUCCAAUGGCGGUACAUGUGACAGUGACGAGUCAACUGGAGCUUUUACGGCUUGCCAUUGCUCUUUUGGUUACUAUGGAGAUUACUGUGAAAAUGCGUACCCAUGCACUUCAAACCCAUGCCUUGGGAGAGGGAGUUGUAUAAACAACCAGCUGCAAGGAAACCAAUAUUACUUUACCUGCGACUGUAUCUCACCUUACAUCGGCCACUCAUGUCAAUAUGUGGAUCCUUGUUCAACCAGUCUUUGUCAUAAUGAAGGUACAUGUUCAUAUAGAGAUGGUAAUUUAACUCCUCCUAUACCAACAUGUACCUGUACGUAUGAAUAUUUUGGAGCAUUAUGUGAAAAUGCAUACCCAUGUACAUUGAACCCAUGCCAAGGAAGAGGUUCUUGUACCAACGAUGCUCCAAACAAUUUUACAUGUGACUGUUACCCUCCUAACAUCGGCCUAACUUGUCAAUAUGUCAAUCCCUGUUCUUCAAAUCUUUGUCAGAACAAUAGCCCAAACUGUUCAUACACAGAUGGUAUGAAUACACCUCCUGUACAAAUAUGUACGUGUUCAUCGGGAUAUUACGGAGAAUCUUGUGAAAAUGCUUACCCGUGUACAUCGAGCCCUUGCCGAGGGAGAGGCAUAUGUACCAAUGAUUUACAGGAUACUCCAUUCAACUUCACAUGCGCCUGUAAUCCUCCUCACAUCGGCCUGACUUGCCAAUAUGAUGACCCAUGUUUGAUAUCUAAUAACGCAUGUCUGAAUGGAGGUACAUGUGACUACAUAAGUGGUUCUUCAAGUCCUCCUGUAAAAACCUGCUUGUGUCAAAAUGGAAUCUAUGGAGAUAUCUGUGAAAAUGCUUACCCGUGUACAUCGAGCCCCUGCCGAGGGCGAGGCAUCUGUACCAACAAUCUACAGGAUUCUCCAUUCAACUUUACAUGCGCCUGUAAUCCUCCUCACAUCGGCCUGACUUGCCAAUAUGAUGACCCAUGUUUGAAGUCUAAUAAAACGUGUCUGAAUGGAGGUACAUGUGACUAUAUAGGUGGUUCUUCAAGUCCUCCUGUCAAAGCCUGUUUAUGUCCAGAUGGAUUCAGUGGAGAUAUAUGCGAGAACGGUACAAGAAUGGAUCUUACAACAUCAGCUCCUGCAGGAAUUGACACGCUGAGUACAAGAAUGGAUCUUACAACAUCAGCUCCUGCAGGAAUUGACACGCUGACCAUUGUGGUCGUCGUUAACUCUUUGUUGGUCGUAAUCAUCAUUAUAGGGUCCUCGGUAGCCAUUUCAUAUUGCUGCGGGAGAAGACGGCGAAAACGAAAGGAGCACGAAAAGGAAGACUCUACGGAUCCUGCUGAAUCCAAAGGGAAAGUCAUCUAUGGUCAGUAUCAAAGGACGAUCUUACCAAGACGGGAAAACGGAUACGAAGACACCCUCUCGCCAGUACCCGUGGUCAAUAUAUUCGACCAAAGGUAUCACGUAACCCGACGUGGCCUUCCUGAAAUACCUCCAAUACCACUAGAUCUGGUAGAAAUCGACAAUGAAGACAUUUAUAAGAGAUACGAAAAAGUGGGGGAGGAAGGGAAUGACGAUCACGGACGAGAUAAUGGCGGGUACGAUAGUCUGGAAUUGGAAGAUGAAAAGGUUAAUGAUGGAACCAAGAGCGAAAGAGGGUACGAACGGGUGGAAGUGAAUGACGAUCACGGACACGAUAAUGGUGGGUAUGAUAGUCUGGAAUUGGAAGAUGAAAAGGUUAAUGAUGAAACCAAGAGCGAAAGAGGGUACGAACGGGUGGAAGUGAAUGACGAUCACGGACACGAUAAUGGUGGGUAUGAUAGUCUGGAAUUGGAAAGUGAGAAUAGUGCCGAUGCUGAUUUGAAUGAUGUCAGUGGAGAUGGUUAUGAGCCUGUUCAAGAUUCUGCACUCCCUAAACGCCAUGUAUAUGACCCUGUUCAUACUCCCGAACCCCCUAAACCCCAUGUUUAUGACCCUGUUCAUACUCCCGAACCCCCUAGACCCCAUGUUUAUGACCCUGUUCAUACUCCCGAACCCCCUAAACCCCAUGUUUAUGACCCUGUUCAUACUCCCGAACCCCCUAGACGCCAUGUUUAUGAUCCUGUCCAUACUCCCGAACUCCCUAAACCCCAUGUUUACGACCCUGUUCAUACUCCCGAACUUCAUAAACGCCAUGGUUAUGAGAAAACGAUUCAAGAGACGGCAUUCAAGGGGAACAAUGACUGCCGUAUGAUGGUCAUAAAUGAAACAGUGGAGUCUACAUGCUAAAGUCCGACCAAAUAUGACGCGUUAAACCGCAGCGAUUCAAACAAUUUAUUUUGGUAAUGACUGUCAACUGUGCAAAGGUCAUACGCAUACGCAUAUUAC